AUGAAAAAAAACUUUCCAUUUCAUAUAGUUACAUUUAGUCCAUGACCAAUCAUUCUUUCAUUUAGAUUAUUAAAUACAUUAAUUAGAACUGCUAUUUGAAUUUAUAGAUUAAAUUAUAUUUUUUUUAUAUAUAAUUUAAUUAAUUCUUCAUUAAUUACAAUAUUAUGAUUUCGAGAUAUUAUUCGUGAGAGAACAUUUCAAGGAUUACAUACAAAUUAUAUUAUUAAUUUUUUAAAAUUCAGAAUAAUUUUAUUUAUUAUUUCAGAAUUAAUAUUUUUUAUUUCAUUUUUUUGAACAUUUUUUCAUUCAUCAAUUUCUCCAAAUAUUGAAGUUGAUAUAACAUGACCUCCUAAAGAUAUUAAAUUCUUUAAUCCAUUUGAAAUUCCUUUAUUAAAUUCCUUUAUUUUAGUAACUUCAGGAUUUACUGUAACUUUAAGACAUUAUUUUUUAAUUAAAAAUUAUUUUAAUUUAAGAAAAUUUUAUUUAAUAUUAACAAUUUUUUUAGGAUUUUAUUUUACAAUUCUUCAAUCAAUUGAAUAUUUAAAUUCUUUCUUUUGUUUUAAUGAUAGAAUUUAUGGAUCAAUCUUUUUUAUAGCAACUGGAUUUCAUGGUUUACAUGUAUUAAUUGGAUCAAUUUUUUUAUUUGUAUCUUUAUAUCGAAUAAUAAAAAUUCAAUUUUCAAAUAUACAUAAUAUUAAUUUUGAAUUAGCUAUUUGAUAUUGACAUUUUGUAGAUGUAAUUUGAUUAUUUCUUUAUACGUUUAUUUAUAUAUUAAUUUAA